UAGUUUAGGAAAGCAAUAGUUUCCAACCCCGUAAUGGAAAUCGGGAAAUCGGGGGUUGGUAUUCAAUUCCUCGGCUCAUUCAAGCCGAUUGAUUGCGAGGUUGUUGGAUUGGGUAAUGGUAGUGGGUGGCUUCCCCAUCACUUGGACUUCACAUCUCUUUCUCUAUAUAUCUCUAACCGACAAUGCUCAGAUGCGAUUUCCUAUCGUCAUUCCCCUGCUCUUUCACUCAUUUCUCUCUUUCCAUCUCUCAUUCUCCUCUUUUUUUUUUUUUCUCUUUCGUUGCUGCUUCCGAUCUCUAACUCCUACACCACUCAAGGGAAGAGAAGAUGAAGGUGAUUGACAAGAUCCGGGCAGCCACCACCGGCGAUGGCGGAAGAGUUGUUUUCUCCUUUGAGUACUUCCCUCCCAAGACAGAGGAUGGUGUCGAUAAUCUUUUUGAGAGGAUGGACCGUAUGGUGGCUCAUAAUCCUUCCUUCUGCGACAUUACUUGGGGCGCUGGUGGCUCCACUGCCGAUCUCACCCUCGACAUUGCCAACAAGAUGCAGAACAUGAUCUGUGUUGAGACCAUGAUGCAUCUCACUUGCACCAAUAUGCCUGUUGAGAAGAUCGACCACGCUCUUCAGACUAUCAAGGCCAAUGGCCUUCAGAAUGUCCUCGCGCUUCGCGGUGACCCUCCCCAUGGACAGGACAAAUUUGUCCAGAUCGAAGGCGGCUUCGCUUGUGCUCUCGAUCUUGUUAAACAUAUCAGGGAGAAAUAUGGUGACUACUUCGGCAUUACUGUAGCUGGAUAUCCAGAGGCUCAUCCGGAUGUGAUUGGAAGCAAUGGCGUGGCGACGACUGAAGGCUACCAAAGCGAUCUGGCUUAUCUUAAGAAAAAGUUCGAUGCUGGGGCUGAUCUGAUUGUUACUCAACUCUUCUAUGACACUGACAUUUUCCUCAAGUUUGUUAAUGAUUGUCGUCAAAUUGGAAUUACUUGCCCAAUUGUACCUGGUAUUAUGCCCAUCAAUAAUUACAAAGGUUUCUUACGCAUGACUGGCUUUUGCAAAACUAAGAUUCCAGACGAGAUCAUGGCUGCCUUAGAGCCUAUCAAGGAUAAUGAAGAAGCUGUCAAAGCUUAUGGAAUUCACCUUGGAACUGAGAUGUGUAAGAAGAUUUUGGCUCAUGGAAUCAAGACUCUGCAUAUUUAUACACUGAAUAUGGAGAAAUCGGCAUUGGCUAUACUAAUGAAUCUUGGUCUCAUUGAAGAGAGCAAAGUCUCUAGAUCCUUGCCUUGGAGGCGACCGACAAAUGUUUUCCGUGUCAGGGAGGAUGUUCGUCCAAUCUUCUGGGCUAAUCGUCCUCGAAGCUACAUAUCAAGGACCAUAGGUUGGGACCAGUACCCCCAUGGUAGAUGGAGUGAUUCUAGAAAUCCUUCAUAUGGGGCAUUGACUGACUAUCAGUUUAUGCGGCCACGGGCACGUGACAAGAAGCUUCUUGAGGAAUGGGCACUCCCAUUGAAAAGCAUUGAAGAUGUUUAUGAGAAAUUUAUGAAGUACUGCCUUGGAAAGUUGAGAAGCAGUCCGUGGUCUGAAUUAGAAGGUCUUCAGGCUGAGACAAGGAUGAUAAGUGAACAGCUUGGGAAAAUUAACAUGAAAGGUUUUCUUUCUAUCAACAGCCAACCAGCAGUUAAUGGAGAAAGAUCUGAUUCUCCUUCCGUAGGAUGGGGUGGGCCAGGAGGUUACGUUUAUCAAAAGGCGUACAUUGAGUUUUUCUGUUCCAGGGAAAAGUUGGAUGCUAUUGUUGACAAAUGCAGGGCCCUUCCAUCUCUCACCUACAUGGCGGUGAAUAAGGAAGGCAUUUGGGUAUCCAACGUCACUCAAAAGGAUGUGAAUGCUGUAACAUGGGGAGUUUUCCCAGCCAAAGAGAUCAUCCAGCCAACCGUUGUCGAUCCUGCCAGUUUUCUUGUGUGGAAAGAUGAGGCGUUUGAGAUUUGGUCAAGGGGAUGGGCUGCCUUGUAUCCUGAGGGCGACUGGUCCCGAAAGUUGCUUGAUGAGAUACAGAGCAGCUACUACUUGGUGAGUCUGGUGGAUAACGAUUAUAUCAAUUCCGACCUCUUUGCUAUUUUGGAGGACUUCUGAGAUGAGCUCUGCUAUUCCUUUCCAUGAUUCUAGCUUUUUCUUCCAUCUUUCGAUUUCUCAUUGAAGCUUGGAUAAGGUUAAUUCAAGAAGAAUUUAAUUUUAUUUCCUUUUUAUCUUUUUUUUUUCCCUACAUUUUCCGUUUGUUUGAGUUUAUAAUAUAAUUUCCCAAAGGGGAGGGGUGUCCAUUUAAAUACAUUAGAAACAAUUUUGGGAUUUUAAACUUCCCGAGGUUGGAUGUAAUGUAUAAUUCAUUUGUGACUGAAGUGUAUUAGAUUAUAAAUAUCUCUAAAGGUGGUCAAA